AUGGCUUCCGAUGAAGUGUGCGGUAAAUUGAGCACUGAGUUCUUUGAAGGUGCUGAUGGAGUUCGGUGUCAGUCGGUUGAACCAAAUUCUCGCUGCGCCUUUCAGCGUCGUAGGGAAGGCUCUGCACAUGAUGGUGACUGUUACUCCUUGAAGGUUCAUUGGGGUCUUGAAGAUGGUAAAAUUGGGUUGAUAGAGGAAUUUAAAGCUUCACAGGAUCAGUUGGCUAUCCAUGCGUCCAGGGAGGCAGUGCAAUCGUGGUGUCCACCUCCAGGUACUUUGUUUAAGUUGAACUUUGAUGCGGCUGUCUUCAUGGAUACGGAGUCAUCGGGUUUUGGCGUGGUUAUAAGGAACAACAUGGGUGAAGUGAUGGCGGCGUUGUCAACAAAGGGCCCUCCAGUUGCAAACAGUAAAGAAGCGGAGAUUUUGGCUUGCCGGAAGGCUUUGGAAUUUGCUGUGGAGGCGGGUUUCCAAGAUGUCGUGGUGGAGGGAGAUAAUGGCACUGUAAUGAACGGCUUGACAACAGUCAAACCCGUCAACUCAUGGCUGGGAAAUAUAUAUGAAGAUGCUCGUUGCUUGGCUAUGAGAUUUUGGAGUGUAUCAGCUAGUUGUAUACGUCGUAGUGCGAAUGGAGUGGCCCAUUCUUUGGCCAGGUUUGCAAGACAAUUAAGUGAGGACUAUGUAUGGUUGGAAGAACAACCAACCCCUGCCAUUGAGGCUUUGUAUGCGGACUCUUUUGCUACUGCUUAA